AUGACCUCUUCGGACAACUCUGUAGAAGAGAAAAUGGAGUUUUCCGACGACAAAAGCCCCAACACUUCUGAAAAUGGCACAGACUCCUCCCGACCAAACAAACGCGCUCGUCUGGAUGCUUCCGAGACUGAGGCGAUUGAUAAAUCGGCAGCCCCGUCCACAAGUAAGGAGGAAGGAAAUAUCACUUUAGCAGAUCCUGCCUUGUUGGAACACGCCAAGACGCGCCUGUCCAAGUGGGCGGCACGAUUGUUCGAUCCAGAUCGGCCGCGAGGGCUGGUGCAAGGACCGAUAACGAUUCCCUUGAACGAUGAAUUUCUCACUGCCUUUGGAAAACGAGAGAAGGAAUACGAUGAGAAAACUGGAAAUGUUUUGAAUUUGGAUUCCACCAUUGCGAGCGAUGAUGAAAACGAUGACAUUGAUGAAGAAGCACAAAAACAAAAGCAGGCAGCACAAGAGAAGAAGGAGAAGGAAAAGGCUGCCAAGGAAAAAAGAAAAUCCCGAACCAAGGUCAAGAUUUCUAACCUCGCUUAUCGAACGUCUUCCGAAGCCUUGACUACUGCCUGUCAGCAGUUCGGUCCCUUGGUGGAAGUCAAGCUGAUUCUGGAUGGUGACAAAGAACCGACUCCAAAUAUGCAAAACUCGGGACGUGGGUAUAUUACUUUUGAAACUGCCGAAGAUGCCGAGGCUUGCAUGGAAGGUCUUCAAUCCUUAGAUGGAAGACCGGUUCGAUUGAACCUGGCCAAUGUCAAGCCACAAGGUGGUGCUGGCAAGAGUGGGGCCUCCUCAUCGUCUGGCCCCCCACGACCGGCAUCCGCUCUGAACCGGUCGCUCGAAAAGGACAUUUCCACUAUUUGCUAUCGUUGUAGUGGAGUGGGCCAUAUUGAAGGAGAUUGUCCCAAUCCGGCCAAGCCAAAACCCUGUCCACUCUGUGGGAGUACUGAACAUAUCAUGUAUCAAUGUCCAUACAAGCAAAUUUGUUUCAAUUGCGGUACUCCGGGCCACGUCUCUCGUGCCUGCACUUAUCAACGAGGAUUGCCCCGCCGUAUUUGCUGCAGUAUCUGUUUGUAUCCGGGCCAUCACCAGUCACAAUGCAGAGCUGGAGAAAAGUAUAUCCACCGUGAUCCCAAUAUGAUGGAUAUUAUGAAGGGAGCAACGAGCCUCAAGUGGUUCCAUGGACUACAGGGUAUCACCUGUAACAAUUGCGGUGCUCAAGGUCAUUUUGGUUGGGAGUGCCCCAGACCGAAGGUACACCAUUUAGUGCAAGAUAACGAGUUGGCUGCCAACGAGAUUGCACGCGCCACGGCUGAUUCCAUGGCCGAACAGCUGGAACAGGAACGAUCGCGGAAUCGCGGUCGGGAUCACAACCGCGGUGGUAAUAACCGGAGAAGAGAAGUUCAAAGUUUACCACCAACUCGAGGUGGUGGUGGUGGUGGUGGACGACGAAAUAGUAGUGGUAAUGGUCGGGGAUACGAUACUGGCAGUGGCGGUGGCAACAACAACAACAACAACAACAACAACAACAACAACAACAACAACAACAAGAAACGCAAGAACAAUAAUGGAGGCGGUGGUGGCAAUCGACGAAACAGUCGUGGGUAUGACACCAAUGGGGGCAGUCGGAAACGAUCUAGGGGACACUGA